AAAGUUUUGUACAAAGUUUUGUUUGUUUAUUUAUUACCCAAAAAAGGAAAAAAGAGAAAAAGGCGUUUCGGAUGAGAUGUUGUUGACGAGAGCGUGGAAAUGGUACCAGAACUGCUUGGCAGUGCAUCCAGUGAAGACGCAGGUCAUCAGCUCCGGCUUGAUCUGGGGUUUGGGCGACAUUUCUGCUCAAUCCGUCACUCACUACAAUCUCCUUCCCUCCGAUGAAAAGAAAGAAUUUGAGAUAAACUGGAGAAGAGUUGCUACAACAAGCUUGUUUGGCUUUGCAUUUGUUGGGCCAAUUGGUCAUUUCUGGUAUGAAGGGUUGGAUCGAUAUAUGAGGAUGGGGCUCCAAUGCCAGCCCAAAUCAUUGAGAUUUGUGGGAACGAAAGUAGCACUUGACGGGAUAAUUUUUGGCCCAUUGGAUUUGUUUGUGUUCUUCAGCUACAUGGGCUUCGCGAGUGGAAAGAGCACUGCUCAAGUCAAGGAAGACGUGAAGAGGGACUUCCUCCCUGCCUUAAUCCUGGAGGGAGGAAUAUGGCCAAUUGUCCAGGUGGCCAACUUCCGGUUUGUUCCGGUCAGGUAUCAACUCUUGUAUGUCAACUUCUUUUGCUUGCUGGACAGCUGCUUUCUCUCAUGGAUUGAACAGCAGCAAGAUGCUGCUUGGAAACAGUGGUUCACUUCCUUUCUGCAAAAAAAAGACGAAGGCCAAGAUUUGUGAUAUUAAUCAAUGCUAAUCAAUAGGGAUACAGAACUAUGUUCUUGUCCAGGUACUAAAAAGAAAAAAAUGGCUUACUCGUAUAUUUUAUCCUCCAUAUCCCACCACCACCACCCAUUUGAGAUUUGUGAUAAAUUUAGCAAGUUGGACAAAUUUGAAGAGAUGACAGGAAGCAUCACGGCUGGCAUUUGUAAACAAAUAGCAGAAUUGCUCUCAAGCUUUAAUGCUUUAUACUAGUAUUGUUUUUCUCUUGAUGAUCAUGAAAAUUUUGAAACGCCAAACCCGGCGGGGCACUUGUGUGGGAGAACUUAAAUCAAGUUUUGAUCACAUGUUGGUGGAGAGAGUGGUUCACGUGUUUGCAUGGAACUUUACGUGGAAUAUCUCUUUAUUGGCACCAUCUUCCCAUUAGCUGAGUAAGUUGCGCACCUUGGGACUGUUUUACGUAUGACUUAAUGGGAUUUAGGCUAUGUUUGCCACACCAUUUCAGCUCAUAAUGGGCUGAAAUAUUAUCAAUUCAGUCAAUAAUUUGCUACACAAAGCUUAAGUGAGAAAAGUUGAGCUGAAUUACAACGCUAGUGAUCUAAACGUUUGUGUUCAGACGAUUCUACAUUGCGCUUGUUUUCCGGAAAUAACCCCAUGACCUUCUCUUCUAC